AUGGCCGGGUCACAGAUCUCCAAGAGUCUGUUAGAAAAGGCUUACAUUAAAAAAGAUAUCUUCGAGCUUCGUCCGGACUAUCGUGUCCUUCUCAUGGUUGUCGAGGGCAUCUCUCCGGGUCCCAGCGACGAGGCCAGCGAGGCCCUUCUUCAAGGAGCCGAAGCCUGCGUCAAAGAUCUACUCUCAAAACACCCCGUAACUGAGCUUCCACACAUUGCCGCGUGGCGUGAAGCCUACAAAGCCUUCGGCGCAAAACCACAAAAGACACAAAACAGCCUGGAAGCAUUGACGCGCCGGGCGAAGAACGGUCUACCACGGGUCAAUCGCUUGACCGAUAUCUACAACGCCAUUUCAAUCAAGCAUCAAAUCCCAUUCGGUGGCGAAGAUCUUGACAAGUACAACGGCUCUCCGUUCUUGGUCCGCGCCACUGGCCAGGAACAAUUCCAAACUUUCUCCAGUGGUGAACCCGUCUCAGAGCUUACAGCACCGGGUGAGCCUAUCUGGUGCGAUAACACGGGUGUUACUUGCCGUCGCUGGAACUGGCGACAGGGUCCUCGGACUGCGCUGAGUGAUGAUACCACACGCGUGCUGUUCAUUUUGGAUGCAUUGGAGCCGCUCUCGGAUGAUGCUCUCCUCGGCGCUGCCGAAGAGCUGGCCUCUGAAUUGAAACGCAGUUCCCCGGAAUUGCAAGUGUCGCAGAGAUUGAUUGGUGCUUCAGAUUGA